AAUUACAUAUUAUAAGCCAAUUAUUUAAAAAUAAAAUUUGCGCAGUAGUAUUUCAUUUUUUCUAAAUUGAUCAGCUAAAAUCAAUCUUUUCAAAAAUCUACGUAUAACAAUUCCCUCCGCUGUUGCGUUCAAAAAUCAAAAUGUUUGUGUCAUACUGAAAUAUAGGGCCUAUUUCCAAUCAAAAAACGUAUAAUUCCUCACUCCCUUUCCAUUAUCCUGCAAAUAUAGCAAACCCUCAUUCAUAAAUUAACCAUCAAUGGCAACGAUUUUCAUAAGACAACUCGAAAACCGUUACAUAACCCCAUUGAAAAACUGCUCCAACAUAACCAAUCUCAAGAAAAUUCACGCUCACAUCAUCAAGCUCUCACUUUCACAAAGCAACUUUUUGGUCACAAAAAUGAUCGAUUCAUGCGACAACAUUAGCCACAUUGGUUACGCUACUUCACUCUUUCAACAACUCAUUCACCCAAACAUCUUCUCCUACAAUGCCAUCAUCAGAACUCACGCCCACAAUCGCCACCAUUCUUUAGCAAUUACUUUCUUCAUACAAAUGCUUGCACGUUCAAGUAAAUCAGUUUUUCCAGACAAAUUCACGUUCCCGUUUGUGAUCAAGUCGUGUGCGGGGAUUAUGUGUGGAAGUCUUGGUAUUCAAGUUCAUGGGCUGGUUUUUAAAUUUGGGGUUGAUUCGGGUAAUAUAACGGGGAAUGCGUUGAUUGAUAUGUAUACGAAAUGUGGGGAUUUGAAUUUGAUAAAUGCGUGCAAGGUGUUUGAGGAAAUGGGUCAUAGAGAUGUGAUUUCUUGGAAUAGUUUGAUAUUUGGGUAUGUGAGAUUGGGGCAGAUGAAGAGUGCAAGGGAAUUGUUUGAUGAGAUGCCUGUUAGGACAAUUGUGUCUUGGACGACUAUGGUAACUGGGUAUGCUAGAGCAGGUUGUUAUGCGGAGGCGUUGGGUGUUUUUCGGGAGAUGCAAAUGGUGGGGAUUGACCCUGAUGAGAUUAGUAUUAUAGCUGUUUUGCCGGCUUGUGCGCACCUUGGAGCUCUUGAGGUUGGGAAAUGGAUUCAUAUGUAUGCUGAUAAAAACGGGUUUUUGCAGAAGAGUGAAAUAUGUAAUGCAUUGGUUGAAAUGUAUGCGAAGUGUGGUUGCAUUGAUGAAGCUUGGAGUUUGUUUGAUCAGUUGGUUGAGAAGGAUGUGAUUUCUUGGAGUACAAUGAUUGGAGGGUUAGCUAAUCAUGGAAAAGGUUAUGCGGCAAUUCAACUCUUUGAAGAAAUGCGGAAAGUGAGAGUUGCUCCUAAUGAGAUAACCUUUCUUGGUGUUUUGUUGGCUUGCUCUCAUGCUGGCUUGUGGGACGAGGGGUUGAAAUAUUUUGAUGUUAUGAGGGAGGAUUAUGGAAUGGAACCAGAAAUUGAGCACUAUGGGUGCCUUGUUGAUCUUCUUGGACGCUCGGGACGCCUUGGUCAGGCUCUUGACACAAUAUUGAAGAUGUCAAUAAAGCCGGAUUCAAGGAUAUGGAACUCUUUGUUAAGCUCAUGUAGGAUUCAUCGCAAUCUUGAGAUUGCUAUCAUUGCAAUGCAACAGCUCAUGGAGCUCGAGCCAGAGGAAUCCGGGAACUAUGUUUUGCUUGCAAACAUAUAUGCAGAGCUUGGCAUGUGGGAGAAUGUAUCAAGUAUUAGGAAACUCAUAAGAAACAAGAGGAUAAAAAAAACCCCGGGGAGUAGUUCGAUUGAGGUUAGCAAUGUGGUUCAAGAAUUUGUAUCAGCCGACGACUCGAAGCCAUUUUCACAAGAGGUCUUUCGGAUUCUAGAAGAGCUGGCUUUACACCAAACAAAAACCAGUGACUUGAUGGAACUUGUCGAAGAAAAUGCUGAUACAAGUUCACUGUAAAUUGUGACUGUGCUUGUGUCAUUCAGCAUUUUACCAGUGCUAUAGGCAGCUUGGGUUGAGUUUGGGAAUGUUGGGACUGUCAAACCAGAUAAUAUAUUGCUAACAUGGUAAUUAGAAGCCUAAAGGAAUGUCACACUGCUGGAGGAGGUUGAUGUGUUUCGACCUCUAGCAUAGAAUAAUAUGUGAAACUCACGCUGUGUGCAGAUCCAAAGUUGAGUUGAUCACGAGAAUCACAUGCAUUGUAAGUAGUCUUACGAUAUUUCUUUUACCAAAAUAAUUUCCUGUAUUUAUUAUAGUCAAGAAGUUUGUUUUGAUAAUUUUUAAUACCGAGCUGCAUUACUGAUUUACUGUGAAAGUAGAUGUGAUGAUUGGAUUUUUUAUUUAAAAAUUGGUUAGUUCUUUUUCUCAAUUUUAGGUGUGCCUCGCUGUACGUUGUUUGUUCUGCUUUUUAUCUUUUAAUUCAGGAAGGAAUGGUAAUUAAUAAUAAUUCCCACUUGUGUUGCAAGUAAAUUGACUUGCCGUUUCCAGCUAUAAUAGAUUUGUACGUGUACAUAUGCCCAUGUGGUAUCUAUUCAUAGAUCUGGGAACUAAGCAGAAAAGUUCCUUUCAACAGCUUUUGAGAAGCUUGGAUCAACAGCUUUUGGAAUCUGUAGAAUAUAGCACGUCUCUGGACUAUUUUAUUCUUCUACAAGGCUACAACUUUAGCUUGUUUAGUUUGUCCCAGAGGAUUUCAUCAGAUAAAACAAAAUUAAGGUGCUUUCACAAGUCUAGUGCGAGCUGAUUGAUUUUGGUAGUACUGCAUUUGCAAAUCAGAACCACAGUUCAUUGUUUCUCCAAGCCAUAACAGAGCCCCUUAUUAUUGGGUAACUAAAAUAUGGAUCAUUGUCUAGCCGUUUCAUUCCAUUUGAAUAUCUAAAUUUAUGAAGUAACAACUUUUAAAUAUGUUUAGUUACGAUGCAUAGUAGGACUGCAGAUUUUUUUUCUUCAAGUGGGGAUCAUGAAAAAGAUGGCCUGAAGGAGCUGUUUCAAGGGAAAGCCUAAACGCUAUGCAGAAGAAUCUUGGUCAUCUUUAGGACAUUAUGUCAUGUUACAUAGAGUUCCUUAUUGAUUAGAUUGUUUUCAUGGUUAUGAUCCAGCCAAACAUAUUACUGCUUGGCAAGCUCUUGAUCGUCCUUUCUUUAGGAUUCCAACUUAAGAAGUCAAAUGUCUUCGUUAUUACAGUUUACUGGUUUGUUUGACUAUUUUGUUUGUAAUUUUGGGUUCAAAGCGGGAUUGCUACAUUUUCGCGAGAAUGUGUGGACCAUUACGUCAAUAAAUAAAAACUUAAGUCAAAUGUCUUUUGUUAUGAAUAACUCGUUUUAAUGAUGAUCAAGUUAA